UCAACGAUCCAAAUGCCCAAAUCUAAGCUAAAUGCGCUUAUCUGGGUGGCAACUCCCACCCACGAACUUCAAUCGGAACGACAUGAAGCACACCAUCCCCCCACCCACUGGCCACCAGCGGGCGGCGGGCGGUGGUAUGGUCCUCCACCACCACCGCGAGUCCGCGAUCAAUAUAGGCGCACGUCCCCCGUGCCCAUCAAGGCGCUGGCGGAAUCGAACCGGCGAGCACGCAGGGCCAUGUCCGGGACGCCCGACGCCGGCUCCGACAGCCAGGGCUUCACAUGCAGCGCGCUGCUCAUGUGCCUCUACCUGCCCGGCCUCUCCAAGAAGAAGCCGGAGGCGGCCGCCGCGAGUGCGACAGCGGAGGCGGCACCGAAGGAGCCGGCCGAGCAAGCAGUGCCCCCGGACGGCGCGCCGAGCCAGGCCGCGUCCCUGGAGAAGUCCGAGUACGCGUCGCUCUACUCCGGCAACAACAUCGUCUUCGACUUCGCGGUGGGGGACCAAGGGGGUCGUCCGGAGGAGCAGGGUGGCGCGCGGGCGAUCCACGGGUACUGCCCGUCGCCGUGCUUCGACCUGCCCGUGGAGCUGAUCAGGGCCGGCGAGCGGUUCGCCGCCGACAGCGACGCCCCCGUCACGGCCGCGUUCGUGUUCGGCGACGGCGGCCAGCAAGGGGGCGCUCUGCAGAGGAUGGCGUCGUGCCUGGCGCCCGGGGUCGUCGAGGGCAGCGGCGAGCCGCGGCCGCCGCCCCUCGUGAGGUUCUUGUCGGCGUCGGGACGUUCCACCGUGCCGCGGCCUCCCGUGAUGGUGAUGCCUUCCCGUGACGAUUGACGGGGACUGCGAGCUCGGCGAUGGUGCUCCGUGUAUUGCUUGCUGUAUGAAACAGACCUCGCCAUUUCUCCUUCUCUAAUGCUCGGUAAUUUUCUGAUAUAUGUAAUCUUAUCACCAUAAUUACAAAUCGAGCUACGGAGAAAGGGUAACAGAA